AUGUCUACGGAAGCACACCCGCCAAAUUUCCCAUUCGCCCGCGCGGCAGGCGCUGAACCACCGGCUGAAUUUGCCAAACUCCGUGCCUCAAACCCUGUCUCUCGGGUUGAGCUUUGGGAUGGCAGUCAUCCAUGGCUGGUGACAAAGCAUAAUGAUGCCUGCAGUGUACUGACCGAUACGCGACUGUCAAAGCAACGCCAACGCGAGGGCUUCCCUGAGAUGAGUGCUGGUGGUAAGGCAGCAGCGAAAAACAGACCUACCUUUGUCGACAUGGACCCUCCUUAUCAUAUGCGGCAGAGAAAUAUGGUUGCUCAAGCUUUCACCAAGGAGCAUAUCGAGAGCAAGCGGCCCGAGAUCCAGGCGACUGUCAACCGUUACCUCGACGAAAUGAUCAAGGGCGGAUGUAAGGAGCCCGUGGAUCUCGUCGAAAAGUUUGCACUGCCGGUACCCUCAGAGAGCAUCUAUAGCAUUCUGGGAGUGCCUUUGGAGGAUGUCGAAUAUCUCAAUAGUAUGAACGCUGUCCGAACGAAUGGAAGCUCGACAGCCGCAGCUGCCGCCAAUGCGAAUAAGUAA